UAUUUAUUCAUUCAUCCACUGCAUUAUGUUUUCCAAAACAAACAAAGUUUUACAAAAUAGGAAAAUAAAGACGAUAUGGCUCCAUAUCUAGUUCUUCUUCAAAGAGUUUUGCUCAGUUUAUUUCUUUUAUCAGGCGUAAAAUUCUCCGAAUCUGCAAGAAUUUUCACCAUAAUAAACAACUGCAAAGAGACAAUUUGGCCGGGCGUCUUCCCAGGCGACAACUUCAAUGGCGGCGGAUUUACUCUAAAAUCUGGCCAAUCCAUGGUUUUCACAGCACCAGUUAGUUUUUCAGGCAGAAUUUGGGGAAGAACAGGUUGCAAUUUUGACAAAAAUGGCAACGGCUCAUGUUUAACUGGUGAUUGUGGACCAUCUGUCAAGUGUUCAGGCACAGGAAAAACUCCUGCUUCUCUUGCCGAAUUUACCCUUGCUAAUCUCGAUUUUUACGAUGUUAGCCUUGUCGAUGGAUUUAACGUGCCUAUAAGUGUUACCCCUCUAAAUGGCAAAGGAAAUUGUAGUGUUGCUGGUUGUAAUGGAGAUUUAAGACAACAUUGCCCUUCUGAACUUGCAGUUAAGAAUAAUGGGAGAGUUAUUGGAUGCAGGAGUGCUUGUGAUGUGUUCAAUACGGAUGAGUAUUGUUGUAGGGGUAAUUAUGGAAAUCCAUCGACUUGUCAACCUACUUUUUAUUCUAAGAAAUUCAAAGAAGAUUGUCCAACUGCUUAUAGUUAUGCCUAUGAUGAUCCAACUAGCAUUUUUACAUGCUCAGGGACUGAUUAUGUUGUUGCUUUUUGCUCCUCAAGGAAGAAACCAGUAUGCACAUACCAUGAUCACAAGCUCGUUUGCAGUGGAUCAAACGGUUUAACAUCAUCGAUAAGCAAUUGGUGGAUAGUAAUUCUUGGAUUAACCCUCAUAGCCAAUUUUAAGAUGAUCAUCUUUUAAUAUGUAUAAAUUGAAUUCUUUUGACUUUUUUUUCCUGAGGAAGUUAUCCUCGUUUUUACUUCUUUUUCCCGUCAAAAACUAUUGUUGCAAAGUUCAUGCUAUUUAUUUAUUAUUAAUUUAUGGGUAUAAGCUUUGGCCUUUAUCCCAUGCUAAUGAGUGUACAAUUUUAAAAAUCAUAUAUAUUAAUAAACAAUAUGCUUGAAUUAUUAUAUAAAUGAUAAAGGAAAAAAUGUCUUAUUAUGA